AUAUCCGAUCCCCAAAGUGAACGAAAUUUCCCCGUGCUCUUUUCCCCUCUUCCGCUCCCCACCGAAAGCUCGAGCAGCACACCGGCAACGGAAAAGAAAGCGACACCCACACGAGCGCGCGCCGGACAACUUGUCGAGGAGGCCAUGCAGGACGGCGGCGAGGUGCUCCUGGACGGCGGCGAGGUGCUGUUCCUGGACGGCGCCGGGGAGGUCGUCGUGUCCAUCGGCCGCAGCGACCUCUCGCUACAGCCCCUCCAUCCGGAACUGUUCUCUUCAUGUUGGUCAUCCAUUACAAUGCAGCCUAAAUUAGACAACAAAAUCAAGUUUUCAGAUGUUUACGCCAUAGAGCUGCUUGAUAAGGGUCCUAUCUGUGGGCCUUGGAACACAAGAACUGCUAUUCAAGGCAAGAAAAAUAUUGAGAUGCAUCGAUUUGUUGUACAUGGGAUUACCAGAACAAGAAAACGUCCUUCUCCAUUGGUACCUUGUGAAUAUAUUUUUGGUCACGGAGACUUGAAGACCUGCAAAAUUUGGUUUGAUCGUCUCAUGGCUUGCAUAAACAAUGAAGGCGAUAGACCAAAGAACCUGAUGGUAUUUGUUCAUCCAUUAUGUGGAAAAGGUAGAGGGGUCAAGAAUUGGGAAACAGUAGCCCCAUUAUUUGAUAGAGCGAAAAUAAAAACAAAGGUUAUAGUGACAGAUAGAGCAGGGCAUGCAUACGACACGCUAGCAUCAUUAUCAGAUAUAGAACUCAAGGCACUUGAAGGUGUUGUUGCAGUGGGUGGUGAUGGUCUAUUUAAUGAAGUUCUGAACGGGAUACUUAGUUCAAGGCACAAGGCUUCUUAUCCUCCAACUCCCGAGGGGUUUGGAUAUUUUGGGAGCAAUGGAAACUGUAAAGAACAGGCAAAGAAUGGGCUAAACUGUAGUAUGCCCAUACCAGAUUCUGUGAAUACCAUGUUUCCAGGGAAUUCAAGUAAAUGUGAUGACCAUGAACCUCUUCUUUCAACUUCACAACCUACAGGACUAGAGAUACCAUCAUCAAAUUCUAGUAAAGAACCAUGCAUUGGAGAUAAGGAUCAUUUAGUCUCCUUCCCAAAUGACUGGUUCAGGCUUGGCAUAAUUCCUUCUGGCUCAACUGAUGCUAUUGUUCUCAGCACAACUGGGGAGCGAGAUCCUGUGACCUCUGCUCUGCUUAUUAUUCUCGGCAGAAGGAUGUCACUUGAUAUAGCUCAAGUAGUCAGAUGGAAAAGUAGCCCAACAGCUGAGGUCUUGCCUACUGUACGCUAUGCCGCUUCAUUUGCAGGAUAUGGCUUUUAUGGAGAAGUUAUCAGGGAGAGCGAAAACUACCGGUGGAUGGGUCCUGCACGUUAUGACUUUUCUGGAACAAUGGUCUUUCUGAAGCAUAGGUCGUAUGAGGCAAAGGUUGCUUUUCUUGAGUCUCCAAACACUGAUUCACUUACAGAAUCAGCUGAGGAUGAUGUAACUGGAGCACAACCACUACGAUUUCGUCAAAAGAGACCUCGCAAAAUAAUCUGCCGAACAAAUUGCUUUGUAUGCAAGGAGGCUUCAACAUCUGGACAAAAUUCAGAGGAUGAGAUUGCAGACAGCUCCAGAACAAUAUGCAAGAACCCAAAGUGGGUCUGGUCCGAAGGACGUUUCCUCAGCGUUGGUGCAGCUGUCAUUUCAUGCCGUAAUGAAAGAGCACCUGAUGGCCUGGUAGCUGAUGCACACCUCUCGGAUGGUUUUCUUCAUCUUCUUCUCAUCAGAGACUGCCCUCUUCCCCUUUACUUGUGGCAUCUAACACAGUUUACCAAGAAGGGUUUAGACCCAUUGAGCUUCAAGUUUGUGGAGCAUCACAAGACACCAGCAUUUACCUUUAUCUCAUCACAUGACGAAAGUGUCUGGAACUUGGAUGGAGAGAUUUUUCAGGCGUGUGAGGUCUCAGUCCAAGCUUGCCGGGGUCUUGUCAACCUCUUUGCUUCUGGCCCAGAAGUGUAGUAAUGCCGCUCGUAAGUUCCUUGUUGCAUGAAGGAAGAUCCGCCAAGAGUUCAUAUUUUUAUGUAGAGAGGUGUCUUUAUUUAACUCUUGUAUGUUGUACACUCUUUAUUUGUAUUUAUAGAGAAUUAGAAUACUUUACCCAUAGAUAUACUGUGGUGUGGAAACUACAGCCCAUUUUUUCCCAACAUUGUCACACUUUGACUUAUCUAAAAGAAUUGUCUAAGUCAUUGAUAUGUA